AUGGGGGAGAAAGGUUUCUACAUCAGUAAACCCGUUGGGGUGGUGGCCAUAAUCCUGGGCGUGGGAGCUUUGGCCACCAUCAUCGCUUUGUCUGUCGUUUAUGACCAGGAGAAGUCUAAAAAUAACGAAGUCUCACCAACAAAUGGGGGAACAACAUCCAACCCCAUAACGACCCCGACCCCGUCCAAUGAACCCUGGGACAAAUACCGGCUGCCGACGAGCCUGGUACCGGAUCAAUAUCAUGUCACCCUGUGGCCGCGACUCACUCGAAAUGAGACAACUGGACUAUACAUCUUUACAGGUAAGUCCACUGUGGAGUUUGUGUGUGCUGAGGAGACUGACCUGAUCCUGAUCCACUCCAACAAGCUCAACUACACCACCCUUGAGAACGGACACUCUGCAAGACUCACCUCGGCUGGCGGCGGAGUCGCGGCUCCCUCCAUCAAGCACUCCUGGCUGAAGAUCGAGACUCAAUACCUGGUCAUACAACUGGACGGAAAACUGGUGAAGGACCAAAGAUACCACCUCUACACUGAAUUUACUGGAGAACUGGCCGAUGACCUGGGAGGCUUCUACAGGAGUGAAUACACAGAGAAUGGAGUUGACAAGGUUGUUGCCACCACCCAGAUGCAGCCGACUGAUGCCAGAAAGGCUUUCCCCUGUUUUGACGAACCAGCCAUGAAAGCCGUUUUCUACAUCACCCUCAUCCACCAACAUGGAACCAUAGCCUUGUCCAACGGCAUGGAGAACAAAACAGAAAAUGCAGUCAUGGAAGGCCAGAAUGUGCUGGUCACGGCUUUUGCGCCAACCAAGAAAAUGUCCACGUACCUGUUGGCGUUCAUCGUCAGUGAUUUUGGCUUUGUCAGCGAAAUCACUGAAGGACUUUUGAUCCGUAUCUAUGCUCGGAAGAACGCCAUUGCUGCCAACCAGGGAGAAUACGCCCUCAACGUCACCGGGCCCAUCCUCAAGUUCUUUGAGGAUUAUUACAAUGCCAGUUACCCUCUACCCAAAUCAGAUCAGAUUGCUCUUCCAGACUUUAAUGCUGGAGCCAUGGAGAACUGGGGUCUGAUCACGUACAGAGAAACAGCCCUGCUUUACGACACCGAGUUCUCCUCCAACUCCAACAAGGAGAGGAUCGCUUCCAUCAUUUCUCAUGAACUGGCUCACAUGUGGUUUGGUAACCUGGUGACUCUCAGGUGGUGGAACGACUUGUGGCUGAAUGAGGGCUUUGCCUCCUAUGUUGAGUACCUGGGAGCAGACUAUGCCGAACCCUCAUGGAACGUGAAAGACCUCAUUGUGCUCAGUGACGUCCACCGGGUGUUUGCAGUCGAUGCCCUGGCCUCAUCUCACCCUCUGUCCUCAAACGUCGAUGACAUCCAGAAACCAGCACAGAUUAGCGAACUGUUUGAUGCCAUCUCAUACAGCAAGGGAGCGUCGGUCCUUAGGAUGCUGUCUGACUUCCUCACUGAAGACGUCUUCAAAAAGGGACUCAGUACGUACCUGAAUAAAUUUGCCUAUGGGAACACUGUUUACACAGACCUUUGGGAUCAUCUCCAAGAGGCUGCCGUCGCCAACAGCGUCGCGCUUCCAGGAACAGUCCACACCAUCAUGAACCGCUGGGUGCUGCAGAUGGGCUUUCCUGUGGUUACCAUAGAUACCACCACGGGGGCCAUACAUCAGAAGCACUUUCUGCUGGACCCAGAGUCCAAUGUUACUGUGCCGUCUGAAUUCAACUAUGAGUGGAUCGUCCCAAUCAGGUGGAUGAAGACUGGAAACCCACAAGCACAAAAAUGGCUGGUGAAAAAGACAGAUACAUUUGUGGAUAUGAAGACAUCGGGGGCUGACUGGGUGCUCGCCAAUCUUAACGUUUCGGGUUACUACAGAGUCAACUACGAUCAGGGCAACUGGGAUAAACUCCUCGAUGUCCUGAACAACAGUCACCAGCUCAUUCCAGUGAUCAACAGAGCUCAGCUGGUGGAUGACGCCUUCAACCUGGCCAGAGCCAAAAUCAUCAAGACGGUGCUCGCUCUAGACACAACCAAGUACCUGAGCAAGGACAUGGAGUACAUGCCCUGGGAGUCCGCCCUGGACAACCUGGACUAUUUCUCCCUCAUGUUUGACCGCAGUGAGGUUUACGGUCCCAUGCAGGCAUAUCUCAAGAAACAAGUAACCCCAGUUUUUAACUAUUACAAGGAAAUCACUGGAAACUGGACUAAAGUCCCUGAUGGGCACAUGGAACAGUAUAACCAGGUGAAUGCUAUCAGCCUGGCUUGCCGUACGGGCAUGGAGGAAUGCCAAACUCUGAUCAAGACAUGGUUCAGUGCAUGGAUGUCCAACCCUGAAACCAAUCCGAUCCACCCCAACCUGCGUUCCACUGUGUACUGCAAUGCCAUCGCAGCAGGGGGCGACAAAGAGUGGGACUUUGCUUGGAAGCAGUUUAAGAACGCUGCCAUCGCCAUUGAAGCCGACAAACUUCGCUCUGCCCUUGCCUGCACGAAGCAACCCUGGCUCCUCAACAGGUACCUGGAGUACACUCUAGAUCCAAAUAUGAUCCGUAAGCAGGAUGCCACCUCCACCAUUGUGUACAUUGCCCAAAACGUGGUUGGUCAGUCUCUGGCUUGGGACUUUGUGAGAGCACGCUGGUCAUACAUCUUCACUCAGUACGGCGGUGGAUCCUUCUCCUUCUCUAACCUUGUCAACGGAGUCACCGAGAGGUUUUCGACUGAAUUUGAGCUACAACAGCUAAAGCAGUUCAAGGCAGACAACGCUGAGGUGGGUUUCGGCUCGGGGACGCUGGCCGUGGAGCAGUCCAUCGAGAGAACCAUCGCCAACAUCAAAUGGAUCUCAGAGAACGAGAAGGAAAUUCUGGAUUGGUUCACAGCGGAGGCCAAACCCUAA